CCUGGUGUCGUCACACCAGACACCACGUGACUUCAGUGGCGGUUAGUAGUCACAGGUCAUCAGAUCGCGAUUGGACGUGGAGAAAUCACACAAGGAUCAAAGAUGAAUGCCAAUUGGAGGCAAAAAUUGACAACAGUCAUUGAAAUGUCAGCCGCGAAGAAGCGAAAACCCCCAGAAAUCAAUAGGCGUGUCCUCCCAGGAGGGGUGUUGAUUGAAGACCUCCGCCCGGGGUACGGGUCAAAGGCAGAGGAGGGAGACAAGGUAUGCAUCUGCAAAAAGACACUGCGUCAGACAGGAGAAAAGAAAAGUUUCAGAAGGAUAAUCAAAAUAGAAAAAAUCAGCUUCAUUAUUGGAAAAAGGGAAGUGUGUAGAAAGAUGGAAAGCGGAGUUAAAGGAAUGAAACAAGGGGGAAAGAGGAAGCUAGUAAUUCCAAGGAAAAGUGGAGCUGAGGAAUUUGAAGUGGAAUUACUUACUGUCGGGUCCAAUUCUAGCGACGGCUGUUGACCCUCCUCCCUUGCCAACAAGAUGUUGUGGACUUAUCGCAUGUUUAAUUAAAACAUUACAUAAAAUGACUGUGUUAUAAAUUUGGAACAUUUAUAUACCACACUUGCACGCAUUUCUAUUAAAAUUUGUCUCGA